AUGGGCACAGCUCAUAGCAUAUAUUCCCUCCCCACAUCACCACCCUACCCUACCUUCCAGAUAUGGAGUGAAUACAUAGGACAGGAGAUGGCUUUUCAGAAUCUUCAUAAUAAAGAAAUGAACUUAGUUUUAUCAAGUGAUGCGAAGCCACGAUUGAAAUGGACUCAAGAACUGCACCAACGAUUCGUUGAUGCAGUCGAGCAGCUUGGAGGAGCAGAUAAGGCUACACCGAAAUCCUUGAUGAGGAUGAUGGGCAUUCAUGGACUCACUUUGUACCACCUCAAGAGUCAUUUACAGAAAUAUAGACUGGGAAAAAGUCAACAAUCACAAACUUACCACAAAAAUAAACAAGAAGACUACAGAGAUGAUGAUCAGAGUGACUUCCCCAAUAAGAUUUGCAAUGGAGUACAAGAUCAGAUUAAUGAAAGUUUGCAGAUAGCUCAAGCUCUACAAAUGCAAAUGGAGGUGCAAAGGAAACUCCACGAACAAAUCGAGGUGCAAAGGCAUUUGCAGCUAAGAAUUGAAGCUCAAGGAAAGUAUUUGCAGUCAGUAUUGAAAAAAGCACAAGAUACUCUUGCUGGAUAUGGUUCUUGCUCUAUCGAAGUAGAAAAUGCACGGACAGAACUUUCUCAGUUGGUAUCAAUGGUCGACACGAACUGGUGUCUAAGUUCUUCAUUGUCCGUUUUGACAGAGAGUGAGGGCUCAAUCUUAAGAGAUGCAAAGAACAAACUUUUAGGACACAAUGGAUGUUCAGUCGAAAGUUCUUUAACGUCAUCUGAGAGUUCGGGGAGAAAAGAAGAAACUCGACCAAUUAUGGAAUUAUGCGAGCCUCGAGAUCUUGAAACACCAGAAAGAAGCAGAGAAUAUGAAGUUGAAGGCAAGAAUGAAAAAGUGAGAAAAUUGGAAUUAUUAGGGGGCCUGGAUUUGAACAAAAAAUUCACGAAUGAUUCUGAUUCAGGUCCUAUAGACUUGAACAGCAAGGCAGUUGAUGAAACCAAUGGGAAUUUUAGUGCCGGCCAGAAACAUCCUUAA